AUGCGUUCCAUCCUAGCUCUCUUCUUUGGCGUUGCUGCCGCCAUUCCCGUGGGUCAAGUCCUCGUCCCUCUCGCUCCAUCAUCAGCGUCAGCGCCAUCAAUCGGGUCCGGCUGCCCGGCCGGCCAUGCCUGGGUCAACAUCGACGCAACCGGCACCACCUUCGAUGUCUCAUUUGACCAACACGCUGUCUCUGUCGGUCCGGGUUCUACCGCCACUGAUACCAGGAGAAACUGCCGCGUGAGCAUCAACUUGCAGUUUCCCCAGGGCUUCACAUUCCAGAUGUCCAUCAUCGAAACCCGCUUCAUCGGCUACGCCUCCCUCACCGAAGGACAAACCGGCACCUGUCGCGCCGGCUACACCUUCACGGGCGACUCCAGCCAGGAAGUCGUCUUCCAGAAGAACCUGGCCAGCCCCUACGACGACAACUACUCCAUGCUGGCGGGCGUGAGCGUGCAAUCGUGGUCCAGGUGCGGGGCGUCGACGGCCAUCCUCAAUGUCAACUCGGAGGUCCGCAUCGCGCCGCUUACGUCCCCGAAGAAGGGCAUUAUGACGGUAAGCAAUCCUUGGCGAAUUGUGCUCAGGUGGCAGGAAUGCUAGGGAAAUGUGAGGAGGGGAGAACUGGAUAAGACAGCUGGCUGAUGUGAUGUAAACUUGUACGAUAGGUCGAUUCGUUUGAUGGGAGUGUCCAUGUUGUGUUUAGGACUAACUGGCGUUCCUGCUGAAGAGUGAAAUUUGGUGGGUUGAAGAACAGGGUAGAGGUACCCUCGUGGAUUGUUGGAUGAUUUGGAUACAUGCAUGGAGGAGCUAAAUGCGUUCGAGUCUGGUUGUCCGGCAUCGACAGGUGGAUUUAGGCAGUCCUUGAAGUCAAUCGAUGAUAAAUACCU